CAGGGGUGAAAGACGCGUUGAGCUGAUUGGACAGCGCGCUGGGUUUGUUCGCGCUGAUUGGCUGCUGCACAUGCGUCCUCGUCUCACAGGUUGUAAUAAAGCGUCGCGUCGCUACAGCUCGGCAGCUCGGGCAGCGCGUACAGUAAACAGAUUGCAGAGAUGAGCCCACAGACAGUGGCAGUUUUAGGUCUCGCCCUGAGCCUGGGGCUGAUAGUGAGUGCUUUCCCUGCCGAGCAGCCAGAAAAUGGGAAGCACUGGGUCGUCAUUGUGGCCGGAUCUAAUGGCUGGUACAAUUACAGACACCAGGCUGAUGUGUGCCAUGCAUAUCAGAUCGUCCAUAAGAACGGGAUUCCUGAUGAGCAGAUUGUGGUGAUGAUGUAUGAUGAUCUUGCUCAGAGUCCUGAUAACCCUACCCCAGGAGUGAUCAUAAACAGACCCAAUGGAUCGGAUGUUUACAAAGGAGUGCUGAAGGACUACAUUGGUGAUGAUGUGACUCCUCAGAACUUCCUGGCGGUGUUGAAGGGUGAUGCUGCUGGUGUGAAGGGAGGAUCUGGAAAAGUGCUGAAAAGCGGUCCAAAUGAUCAUGUGUUUGUGUAUUUCACUGAUCAUGGAGCCCCAGGUCUGCUGGCCUUCCCUAAUGACGAUCUUCAUGUAGAAGACCUGAUGGAAACCAUCACGUACAUGCAUCAAAACAACAAAUACAAGAAGAUGGUGUUUUAUGUUGAGGCCUGUGAAUCUGGUUCUAUGAUGAAGCCUCUGCCUGUUGACAUUAAUGUCUAUGCCACAACCGCUGCCAACCCUGAUGAGUCCUCAUAUGCCUGUUACUAUGACGAGGCCAGAGACACCUACCUGGGAGACUGGUACAGCGUCAACUGGAUGGAAGACUCUGACGUGGAGGAUCUGAGCAAAGAGACUUUGGCCAAACAGUUCAAGAUCGUAAAGUCCAAAACCAACACCAGCCAUGUGAUGCAGUAUGGAAACAAGACGCUGUCCCACAUGAAGGUGGCUGCAUUCCAGGGUAACUCUAAAGGUCUUGAUAAGGCACCCGAGCCUGUGUCGUUGCCUGUGAUCACUGAACAUGACCUCAUGAGCAGCCCUGAUGUGCCUCUUGCAAUCAUGAAAAGAAAACUCACGAAGUCCAAUGACGUUGAGACUGUUGUUGGUCUCAUGAAUAACAUCCAUGAACAUCUACAGGUGCGGGAGCUGCUUGGUAACACGAUGCGUAAGAUCGUGGAGCAUGUGGUGCAGGAUAAAGAGGAAGUGCAGGAUUAUCUGGAUGGACGUGAAGAUCUCACACAGUAUGAAUGUUACAAAACAGCCGUCAAUCACUACAAGAAACACUGUUUCAACUGGCACAAGCAGGAGUAUGAAUAUGCACUGAGACACCUGUAUGCUUUAGUAAACCUAUGCCAGGGAGGAUACCAGGCCCAGAGAAUCACAGCAGCCAUGGAUGACGUGUGUUACUUCAGACAGUAGAAACGUGAACUUGUGCCACAGAGGACUUUUACUGGGUGAACUACACUUUGCACAUAAGAAUGUGACUGUGGAAGAAAUCUGUAUCAUCACACACAGCUUUGAUUUGACAAAAUGUUUCUUUUAAUGAGGAUUUGCACUUUUAAAAAAAAAAUUUUUAUGUGAUGUUUUACUGAUUUUUAUUUUGUUUUAAAAAAAGAAGUAUGCUUUAAGGUACUGCCCGGCGAUUCCUGACACACUUUGGGCUGUUAACAUUUUAUAUACAGUAUGUAUUGUGUGUGUUUUUUGUUUUUUGUUUUUUUUCAUCAGAUGCCUUCUAAAUGAGAUCAAAAGAUUUUUGGCAGGACAGCUUUAGAAAGACACAUUGAGAUUUGAAAUUAAAGCAUGUUUUUUGGCACCAUAAUUAAGUUUCGUUUGGAAACCAAAGCAUUUAAAUGUCCAGUUAGAGAAUUACGUCCAGUCUCAGAGGAUGUUGAGUAGAUGCAUUCAAACAAUUUAAAACAAACACUAGACACAUUUAGCUACAUAUUGCACUAAGAUUUAGAUUUUUUUUUUUUUAAGCUGGUGUUCAUCACCUUGACUGAGCCAUGAAAAUACCCAAUUUCUCUCCAGUAGUGAAUCAAAGGAGCUCUUCUUUUGGUUGUUGACUAAAUGUAUAUCUAUCAAACUAUAGUGAAAACAAACUUAGCUACUGUACCUGAACUCUGUGGUCAUACUUAAGAAGUGUCUUAAAUUACUGAGAACAGCUGCACUUUGAGCAGUUAAUGAACAGGUGUGUUUAGUGUAAUGAUGGAUGUGUCAGGCUGUGCUAUUAUGUCAAGUGUCCUCCGUUUAGAGCAAAUUGAGGCCUCAAACCACUGAACUAAAAGAGGUUGUAAAGUUUGCUGGAGACUGAGCUCUGGAAAAGUGAGUUUGCACUGACAAUAUGGGAUAAACAAUACAAUGAACUACUACCAGUCCUCUUUUCAAUGUAUAAUCUGUUAAGCAGUGAGUUAUUGAUUAUAAAAAAAAAUAAACCUGAAUUGAGUGGAA